AUGGGAAAAAAAAGUAAAGUAGGAAAACAGCGAAAAGACAAAUAUUAUCAGCUUGCUAAGGAAACAGGUUAUCGUUCUCGAGCAGCGUUUAAAUUAAUACAAUUGAAUAGAAAGUUUGGUUUUUUACAAAAAUCACGAGUAUGUAUCGACUUGUGUGCCGCUCCUGGUGGUUGGAUGCAGGGAUAUAUUGCUCCUGAUAGCAUAGAUCCUAAAUUCCUUGAUGCUAAGUAUGUCUUUGAAGAUUUGGAAAUAGUUAAAAAACAAAAUUUUAAUAUAAUGCAUCCUGAAAAGCAAAAAAAAGCUAAAGCUGAGGGUUAUAAAGAAAAUGAUUAUACCACCCAUCACAAAGUACUAUUAUCUGAAUUUCUCAGCCAUGAUGACCCAAUAGAUCUGUUGCAAGGGUGUUCUGAAAUUGUUAUUGAUGAUAAAAACAUAGAAACACAUCCAAAAACAACAACUGAAAUAAAAGAAUGUUGUAAAGAUAUAAAAGUUCUAGGAAGAAAAGAUUUAAAAGCAUUGCUAAGUUGGAUAAAGCAAAUAAAGGAAUGGAAGACAUCUCUUCUUCCUUCUGAGGACCCCACACUCAAAGGAACAUUAGCAACUGAUACAUCGGAAAAAGCCGAAUCGGGAGAUGAAAAUAAUGAUGUGGAUAUGGAAGUUGCUGGCUUACAGGAUGAGGAGAGACGUCAGCUUAAGCGUAAAAGAAAACAACUAAAUAAACAGCGACAAAAACUAGCUGAAAAAAUGAACUUAAAAAUGGUAUUAAAAGGUGAUGGUGGCCCCAUUAUGGAGAGUCAUGACAUGUUUAGACUUUCUGACAUAAAAAAUACACAGGAAUUGAACCACAUGCUUGAUCAACAACCUGAUAUUGUGGCUGAAGGAAGUGAUGAGUCCGAUGAUGAACUUAAAUCAAAACCAAAAUAUAUUAAAUAUGAUAUUGAAUCUUCUAAAUUAGACUCUUCUGGCCUCUUUUAUAAAGACUCUGAUAGUGACAUAGAAAUGGAAACAGAUUCAGAAGAUGAAAAAGAUAAAGAGUCUUUAGCUUUUUCAGAUUCUGACAAUGAAUCAAAAAAAAUUGCAAAACUUACCAAACUGAACACCCUAAAGAACAGUAAAAUUGAAAUAAAACCAUCUAUUCCUAAGAACAAUCCACUGUUAACUGAUCUGGAUAACACUGAUCCAAUGUCUAAGCGAUCUAUGAAAGCUGAGCUGUGGUUCCAAAAAGACAGUUUUAAAGAAAUAGAUGAAGAUGAUGAUGAGGGAGUAGAUUUAGACAAGCUAGCUGAAACAUAUAGACAAAAAGGCAAGAAAGUUCCAGAAGAUAAUACAUACUCCCCUGCAGAAAAAGUUAGCAUUAAAAAACUUUUAGAGAAAACUGAAAACUCAGAAAGUGAUGAUUCAUCAGAAAGUGACUAUGAUGUGGAAGACAGUAUUGCUCCAGUUACAAAAGCUAGUGGAAAAAGUAGCAAAAAAGAUAGUUUUGAAGUAGUAUCACAGGAUCCAGAUCUUAAAAGAAUAAAGAAAACAUUAAAAAUGGAUGCAGAAACUUUAGCUCUAGGAACAAUGAUAGCAACUUCUAAGAAAUUUAAGCGAGAUUUAAUUGAUGACGCAUGGAAUAGAUAUGCAUUUAAUGACAAAAACUUGCCUGAUUGGUUUACGGAGGACGAAAAGAAACAUAUGCGCAAGGAUGUUAUAGUACCAGAGAAAUAUGUUGAAGAAUAUAGAAAUCGAACGCAAGAAAUCAACGUAAGGCCAAUAAAGAAAGUAAUUGAAGCAAAGGCAAGGAAGAAGAAGCGUAUGAUAAAGAAGAUGGAGCGUGCCAAGAAGAAGGUAGAAGCGGUUAUGGAUAAUGCAGAUAUGUCUGAAAGAGAGAAGGCACAACAAAUAAAGCAACUGUAUAAAAAGGCCAAAACCGAUGGCAAAAAGAAAGUAACUUACGUCGUCGCUAAGAAACAUACUUCGGCAAAAAGAAUGAAGAGACCAGCGGGAGUUAAAGGGCAUUAUAAGGUUGUUGAUCCCCGUAUGAAGAAAGAUUUGCGCGCGCAAAAAGCAAAGGAGAAGACAAAGGGUCGCGGCAAAAAAGGCACUGCUAAUAAUAGGGCCCCUCCAAAAAAGAAAGGUACAAAAAAGAAGGCUAAA